ACCAAAGCGUUGGAACCGUGAACGGGGCAAAAGGUUGUGGAAUUCUUUGCACCAUUAAUCAUGUUACUUACUAUUCCACUAAUGAUUUUGAGUCAUAGAAACGGGUCAGGAUUAAACUCUCUAUAAGUCAAUCAAUGGUGUGAGGGGCCAAAAGCCGUGUGGAAUUCUAUGUUUGGGCUCUUCUACUCAACCCGGAUUAUCACAGUAUAAGAAUCACCAAAUAGGUAGCAUGCUAUUCAAUCAACACAAUUUAGUGAAACUUGAGUUUCUCACAAAUAUACCUUUUAUUAACUUUCUUUAUUUGCAGAUGAUGCAGUUUUUUAUUUCCAAUUUCCAUCUUGUUACGUAUGUUUUGGUUUUUUCGGGCUCUGUUUUAGAGUCGGGAUGGGCGUCUACACCAUCGCAGAUUCAGUUAGAAGCAAACGCUAUAAUGAAUAGUGGAUGGUGGCAUCUGUCCCCCUCACAUUCACAUCAUAUCUGUUCAUGGAUUGAUGGUAUAAGUUGCAAUGAUGCUGGAAGUGUAACUCGUAUCACAUAUAAGUAUUCCGAACGAUCCAUUCAAUUAGUAACACUAAACCUCUCUGCUUUCAAGAAUUUGGAACAUCUUGAGGUCUCCAAUUAUAGUCUAAUAGGGUCUAUUCCAUCUCAAAUUGGAAAUCUUUUCAAUCUCCGUCAUCUUGAUUUGUCUUACAAUUCUCUCCAAGGUAAAAUACCUUUUACAAUAGGAAAACUUUCAAAACUUAUUUUUCUUGAUUUAUGUUACAAUUCUCUUCAAGGUCAAAUACCUCUCACAAUAGGAAAUAUUUCCCGACUUACUUAUCUUAAUUUAGCUUAUAAUUUUUUUGGAGGUGAAAUACCUUCAUCAAUAGGAAAUCUUUCAAAACUCAUUUAUUUUGAUUUAUCUCACAAUUUUCUUCAAAGUAAAAUACCACUAUCAUUAGUACAUCUUUCAAAACUCACUUAUCUUCAUUUAUUUCACAAUUUUCUUCGAGGUGAAAUACCUUCAUCAAUAGGAAAUCUUUGAAAGCUCACUUAUUUUGAUUUAUCCCGCAAUUUCCUUCAAGGUGAAAUACCUCUAUCAAUAGUACAUCUUUCAAAACUCACUUAUCUUCAUUUAUUCCACAAUUUUCUUCGAGGUGAAAUACCUUCAUCAAUAGGACAUCUUUCAAAACUCACUCAUCUUGAUUUAUCCCAUAAUUAUCUUCAAGGUAAAAUACCUUCAUCAUUGGGACAUCUUUCAAACCUCACUAAUCUUACUUUAGCCAACAAUGCUCUUCAUGGUAAAAUACCUCCAUCAAUAGGAAAUCUUUCAAAACUUGUUUAUCUUAAUUUAGUCAACAAUGUUCUUUAUGGUGAAAUACCUCCAUCAAUAGGAAAUCUUUCAAAACUCAAUUAUUUUCAUUUAGCCAACAAUGCUCUUCAUAGUGAAAUACCUUCAUCAGUGGGACAUCUUUCAAAACUCAUUUAUCUUGAUUUAUCCUACAAUUUUCUUCGAAGUCAAAUACCUCUCACAAUAAAAAAUCUUUCAAACCUCUUUAAUCUUGAUUUAUCCCACAAUUAUCUUCCGGGUAAAAUACCUUCAUCACUAGGACAUCUAACCCAACUAUUUUCCCUAAUCAUCUCCAACAACAACAUUGAAGGCCCCAUUCCUUCGCAAUUGUCGCUCAUAAGAAAUCUUAGUGUCAUAAAUUUAUCUUGCAACAAGAUCAAUGGAACCUUUCCCACUUCACUUUCAAACUUCAUAAACAUUCAAUAUCUUAACAUUUCACACAAUCUACUCACUGGUUCCCUAAAACCUUUCUCAGUUGAACAUUUGCGAUUCUUGGAAACUCUAGAUCUAAGCUACAACAAUUUUACAGGACCAAUUCCCGAGUCUUUGAAUGCUCAUAAUCUGAACCUUUCCUUCAAUAAUUUGAGUGGUCCCAUUCCAUACCGUUUAGAUCUUUAUGAGCUAAUAGGGAACGAGGGUUUAUGCAACAACAUUUCAUAUAUGCAAACUGAAUACCUAUUCCAGCCUUGUUCAGUUCGUGAUAAGAAACCAAGGCAGAAUCAGUUGGUCAUAAUCCUUUCUAUCACCAUUUUUUUAUUAAUGGCCUUCUUCCUACUUUUAUAUCUGAGGCACAACAGCAUUGCAAUCAAGAGCAAACAUGCAAGGAUAACUGAAACAUCUAAGAACGGGGAUUUGUUCUGCAUAUGGAACUAUAACGGAAGCAUAGCCUAUGAAGACAUCAUUACUGCAACCGAAGACUUUAACCUCAAAUAUUGUAUCGGAACAGGUGCAUACGGGAGUGUCUAUAGGGCUCAACUACCAAGUGGCAGGAUUGUUGCGGUGAAGAAACUCCAUGGUUUUGAAGCAGAGGUCCCCUCAUUUGAUGAGAGUUUCAGAAACGAAGCCAAAGUAUUAUCGGAAAUAAAACACAGACACAUAGUGAAGCUCCAUGGAUUCUGCUUGCACAAAAGAAUCAUGUUUUUGAUAUAUGAGUACAUGGAGAGAGGAAGCUUGUUUUCUGUGUUGUUUGAUGACAUGGAAGCAAUGGAAUUGGAUUGGAAAAAGAGGGUUAACAUAGUGAAAGGCACUGCACACGCUCUCUCAUAUCUCCAUCAUGAUUGUGUCCCUCCUAUAGUCCAUAGAGACAUAUCAGCCAGCAAUGUGUUGCUUAACUCCAUGUGGGAGCCCACCGUUUCCGACUUUGGCACAGCUCGAUUUCUCAACCUUGAUUCAUCCAAUCGAACUAUUGUUGCUGGAACCAUCGGAUACAUAGCACCUGAACUUGCGUAUACAAUGGUUGUUAAUGAAAAGUGUGAUGUGUAUAGCUUCGGAGUGGUGGCACUGGAAACUCUGAUGGGAAAACAUCCUAAGGAAAUACUCUCAUCACUUCAAUCAAUUUCUACUGAUGAUGGCAUCAAAUUAUGUGAAAUAUUGGACCAACGCCUCCCACAUCCAACUUUUUCAGUUUUACAAGACAUAGUUGUUGUUGCCAUUGUGGCUUUUGCGUGCUUAAAUCCCAACCCUUGCUCUCGUCCAACAAUGAAACGUAUCUCUCAAUGUUUCCUUUGUCAGCUCUCACCAUUCAACAUUCCUUUACAUCAUAUUUCGUUGCAACAACUCAUGAGUCAAGAACUCAGGCAAUACUUGAAAUUGUGAACUCUGAAAUCUUUCAGUGGAAAUUUAGAUGGUAACAACUUUCAAUGAAGAUUUUAUGGUUGUUUAUCACAUGAAUAGUUAGAAAACUUUUUGAAAUUAUGUUCUUUUAAGCUAAACGUGUUUUAUGCUUGAUAC